CCCGGGUGUACAAUAGUGCGGUAGGUGUUUAUCUGUGACACGGAAUGAGGAAGAAAAGGGAAAAUCACGAGCAAAGGUUACCUGACACUGGUGAGUGUGGCAGCAGGAGGAUGAGCUGACAACCCCAGGGAUGUAUGUGUGAGCCCUGCAGCCGCAGCCACCACCUGCCCGGACCGGGGCGCAGCUCCAGUCACCCCACCAUUUCACAAACCUCUGGACUGUGGUUCCAUGGCUCCCUCUACAGACCAAACAUUGCAUUACAUCUAUGGACAGGACGGCGCAGUGGCGGCUCUGGUGCUCAUCCUGGUGAAUGCAGUGAUUGCCUCGGCUCUGCUCCUGGGGGCCUGCGCCUUCUGUAGGAAAUUUAAAACAAAAAAAUUUAAUAUUACGAACAUUCAAGAACAAAGUUCGAAACCUGAGCCCGGGAAAAUGACAAAUCAAACAGAAGACAAGACACAAGAAACCAAUGGAAUAAACAAUGGCGCCAUUACUACAGGCACUGGAGGAGAGUCAGAAGAAAAAAGGAAGGGGAGUAAGAGGUCAACCAGGCCGCAAAAUGGUAUGGCCCAUGUCUCUGUAAACAAUGAACAUGAUACAACACCUCCCAAUCUACUGCACAGAGUCCUCCCGCCGCCUCCAGAGAACCUACAGGCCACUCCACCUGCAUCAGAGGAGCAAGACCCCCUCUAUGAUACUGUGAAAGACAUAAGGGAGGUGGAAACACGCCAGGCCAGUGCGUGGAGCAAUAAAGAAGGCACGAGGAACAUCUCUGAGAACCCACCAGAAAACCAGGGAUCCCAGAAAGUAGAAAUAAUAAACCCUUUAUACGUAUCUGCAGAUGAGGUGCCACGUCCUCCAUCAUACCAGGAGGCUACAUCUCCUCUUCCAAGUCAUGAAGCCGAUGGGAAGAUCCAGGAUGUUGUUGAAUCUUUGUAUGCUGCCAUUCAUAAAGUUCCAGCAGGGAAGGUCAAUGUAUUCACGAAGACACCAGAGCCUUCCGAAAUAGUAGCUGCAAUGUUAAUCAAAGUUAGGAAGAGGAGUAUAAAGACGGCACAGCUGAAAAUACAUGACACAGCGGUAAAUGUUGGCCAAGAGUGUCCACCGGCGAUUCCAGAGUGGCAUUUCGACAUCGAAAGUGAAUCCAAGGAAUGUACAAUUGAGGAUACAGAAGUAGCUGGAGAACCACCAGCUUCUACUUGAAAUCUCUACCUGGACUUCUAAAACUCAUUAUAAAGUUAUCCGAGGGAAAUCUAGCUGUACUUACGUGCUGAUAGACUACAUCUGUGGCUCAGUAUGAGGGACCACAAAAGCUAAAGGGAUGUAAAUAUAAUGAAGCAUAAGGACAUAUCCAUAAAGUCAUAUAAUACUUAUGCUACUAGAGCUCAGUUGUAUUCUGUUUUGUUUGUAGUUUUUGAAAAUAUCGGACCCUACAACAAAUACCCUGGAUCCCGAUCCCUGGAAUGUGCUUUAUUAUAAUGUGGCAUAACAAAAACAGCAUAAAAAUUUCAUACCUUCUUGAAUAUGAACCCAGGUAUCAUGGCAGAUGUAUCACCACAUUGCCCUCAUAGCUGUUACAGAUUUCUAUUAACAGAGUCCAAAUAAAAUAAAAACAGCCUGGUUAUGGUACCCAUAGCGGUCCCUCUCUGUGGUCAUAGCGGUCUGUACCCAUAGCGGUCCCUCUCUGUGGUCAUAGCGGUCAGUACCCAUAGCGGUCCCUCUCUGUGUUAUAAUAGCCAUAUCCCUGUAUUAUGGGGGCCAUACACAUUAAACAGACGUUGCCAAUUUGGAGGGACAAGCCAACCAUCUACUGUGUAUUAGAUGUUCAAUCCACUUUUAUGGGAUCUGGUAUGCUGGAUUUGAACAUGCCUGAUUCUUUGUCCUCAAGGGAGAUACACCACAGCCAGAGAGGUCUGCCAACAGGUUAGUCUCCUCUCCUCACUGAGAACACGUGCACCCCCAGCCAAACUGAGUAUGCAUGUGUAUGAGGAGGUUGUUCAUUGGCCAAAUAAGCAUUCGGCGUAACAAUGCGGUUAUCAAUAAGUAGUUACUUACUGUUAGUAAUUAGUUUGUAACUUACUGUAAGUAAUUAAGAGAUACAUCUCUGUAGUUCUAAUUCACGUGUGGUUUGAUUUGUAUAUGUUGCUGCAAUCAAUUUAAUAUUACUUUUUUAGUCAUAGCCUUGUCAAUUCCAAACCCAGGAACCAAGAUAUUGGAUGGGAUCCUAGGAAUAUGCUUUCUUUGCUUUCCUGUUAAACUAACAUUAGUCAUUGGGAAAAUCUUAACCUAUAAAUGGUACCCAUGGCGGUCACCCUCUGUAUUGUAAUACACAGAUCCUCUGUAUUAGAGUGGCACAGUGUCUAGCAAUAUGGAGUCAUUUAAUGUAAAUAAAAUAAUUAAUGGAUAUAAUUUCUCAUUUUAUUGUGUUUGAUUUGCAUAUUAGCACAUUCAUUACUGUAAAGAUGUUCCUGUUUUUUAGUCAUACCCUUGUCAGUUCCAGGUCUAGGAACCAAUACAGCAGAAGCAAUCAUGGGGUGAUGUUUCCUGAGACAAAAUGCCAACGUUUCAUGCAUGUUAUUGAUUCCUGUUAAACUAACACUAGUGAUUGGAAAAAUUGUAGCCUAUAAAUUGUACCCAUGGCGGUCACCCUUUGUAUUGUAAUACACACAUUCUCUGUAUUAGAGUGCCUCAAUAGCUAGCAAUAUGGAGUAACUUAA